CUUCGAAGGAAGACGACGAGCGAGGAGAAUCCUGAAGGCAGCCAAUUCGAAGGACAGCAGGCCUUCAAAAACGUCUCAGUCUGGACGGGAAGCGUCGUUGCAAGUGCAUGCAGGGUGCGGGGAAGUCAAAUUUCCUUUCCCACCGACAAUUUCCAUCCAGUCUUCACGGAGCCCGAGCGAAAGAGCGGGGAAAACCGAGUUCACACGUUGAAGCCCGGAACAACUCAAGGAAGAAAUCAUCAUCUUCCAAAGUCAGUGAUGAAUUGUCUUUCCAUCCUGGAAGUUAGUGGUUAAAACGGUGCAGUGGUGAUUGAUGUGCCUGGUGAGAAUUUAUUGGCAUACUUUUUCAUGCUCAAAAUGACGCCGAGUUCGAAUCAGACUGAGAGUGAAAUGGGCAUGGCGGGGUUGAAUUGUCCCAUUUACUCGGAGAGCGAUAUCUUCUUUUUGGACAGAUUUGCAUUUUGGGUGGAAGGCAUCCUGCUGGUGGUUUUGGCAGUUCUGGGCGUUUUGGGCAACACCUUCGCCUCGAUCAUUAUAUCCCGGAAGGAGAUGCGGAACAGCUUCAAUUUGCUUCUGGUCAGUUUGGCGUGUUUCGACUCGGCCUUCUUGCUCGGAUCCAUUCUCGAGAGCUUUCGAAAGACCUUCCAUAUGGAGUCGGAACUUCAUAUCAUUCUAUUCCCGAACUUCUUGUACCCGUUCAACCAGAUGGCCAUCUCGGGGUCGAUCUUCAUGACCGUGGCCAUCGCUUGGGAGCGCUACAUUGCAGUUCAUUACCCAUUGGAUUACAAUCAAGCCAUGAACGACACGAACGCGAUGAGGAAAAGACUGAUUAAGUACGUGGGACCAGUGUUUCUUCUGGCCGUCACUUUCAACAUCGUCAAGUUUUUCGAGGCCAACGUGGCCUAUAGGCCUGUGUAUGACAACAUGACUAACCACAUCACCUAUCAUGUGGAACUGGAGGUGGCCGAACUCCGGACCCAUCCCAUCUAUUCGGCUUACAACAAUUGGAGCAGACUCCUUGUCCUCGGGAUCCUUCCGUUCCUUCUGUUGGUGUUCUUCAAUACCAAGAUCUACAAUGAUAUUCUAGAACGACGCAAGAGGAGAUUAAGAAUCAAUCGCUUAGGGCGUCCAACCGACUCGAAUGUGAUGACCGAAUUUGUCUCCCUUCCCCCGAUCACCUCGUCACAAAGGCGGAGGUCCUCUCUCUCCUUGGACCAACGACAUCUGGAAAUGGCCAGGAGGAACAACUAUCGGGAGCAUCAACGUCAUCAGACUCAAGAUGGGCUCCCUUGCAAGAAUAAUAACGAGUGCCCAGAUUCCCUCUCCUCCGGUUGGCGAGGCCGAUCCCAACUCAAGUCUUGGAAACGAUCCUUAUCCGCUUCGGCGAGGAGGUGCUGUUCACCUCGAAUGGACUCCAUCACAUCGAAGACGUCCACUAAUGACUAUGAGCAGGAUGAGGGGAUGACCAAUGCCAUGGGCAUGAGUGUCCGGAAGGAGAAUGGUCACAUUUCCAUCUCGUGCGUGGGAGACGGGAUACUUCAAACCGACCGACUGGGCUCUUCAACCAGACGGAAGACUAUGCCAAACAAAGGCCAGGACCAGCGCGAGGUCAAAGGCCAACUAGAUCGGCCCUUAAGUCGAGAUCAAUCGGUGCGCUCCCGAUGCUCGGCCACUUCCGAAGUUAUCACCACUAGUGACGUCCUCUACCUGCGUCGAAGUGGCAACGGAAGUCGUCGUGGCAUCCAAAGUCAAAAUCAAAGUCCGUCAUCGUCAAUGUCAUCACGCCCAGUUGAUGCCAUCCACCCACCUCCUCCUCCUCCUCCACCACCACCGUUAUCAUUGGCAAAUCGAACCUUGGAAACGAGCUUUGGCUGCAGCACGAGCUUGUCUUCUACCACUACCUCAAAUCUAUCACCAAUGACUCAGGAGAACCAUCUCGAGGACAACGAGGAAGAAAGGGCCUCGUUACUCUCGAACGCUGAGACAGGCCUGCCAAGAUUGAUGAACUCUCAUCUCCGGCCCUCGUGCUCAAUCCGAAGUAAUAACAAGUUCCAGCUCUUGACCUUACCCCCAGAACUGUCUUGUCUCAUGCCUGGAAAUCCCCAGUUCUCGAGCUCAAACUCUCUUUGUAGUAGUGGAAGCAGUGUGACCACUUUGAACACCAACCAACUCCAGCCUCCUUUGAUCGUGCCAAGUCUGGCCGCAUCUGCAUCAGCCUUGCUUCUGUCCUCAACGAAUCAAGCUCAUCAGCUUCAAAACCAUCAUGUUCAUCAUCCCCGUCAUCAUCACCAUCAACAACAACAACAACUCCAAGAGCAUCCAUCCUCUCAAACGAACACCGUCUUGAGAUCCAAUCUGGGCGAGAAUGUAGUGAAUCACCAUUUAAACCAUCGUUUGCAUCGACGUCGGGUCCAGACCAUCAAUGAGAGACGAAGGCGUUUCGAAGACAACUUGGCGGCCAUUUUCAUGGGUUUCGUGCUAGUUUUCUUGGUGUGUCAUUUCCCUCGACUGUUGCUGAACAUUCACGAACUGAUAACCAUCCGCGAGGCCAUGGAAUGUACGAAUUUGGGCGAACACGGAUUUUCCCUUUGGUCCUUGAUCUUGAUCAGUAUCAGUCAUUUCCUGCUGGUCCUGAACUCUUCCACAAAUAUCCUCAUUUAUUGUCUCCUUAGCUCAAAAUUUCGAGAAGAAUGCUCGGCAUUAUUUCGAAAGAUCUCACGGAGAGUUCCAUCUAGACCGGCGAAUGUUUUGAUGUGAUCUCAAAAAGUUGAUAUUGUGAUUGAUUCUGAAAAGGGAAAAAAUGAAACCAAACUGACAAAUGCAGAUCAGUUUGAACAGGAGUUCCGUUGUUUUUUAGGAGCAAACGGAACUACGAAUAUUGAGAUAAAGUUGUGUCCAUUUUGAUCCACAUGGAAGGCUUAAAGAAAAAAAAUCUUGUCUACAACCUCAUGAUUGAUCUCGCAUUUGAUUUGUAUUCUAUUGCAUACUUCACAAAACCUGAAUAUACAUUACAGACGACAAUUCCCUUGGG